AUGGCCAAUCAAGCAGCCAAAAAGGCUCAGCGUGCCAGCUCCUCACUCGCUACGCGUCUUCAGCAGUGGAUCGUGCCUCUGAACGUGGUGUACCUGCUCUUUCGGAUCCUGUGGCACCACCAAUCCGUGACUACGUGGACAUUGGCGGGUUACGUUUUUCUGACAUUAUCCACCUAUCUCAGUUACGCGUGGGCGGUUAGGGCAGCUGAAGAAGGGGGCAGUACCGAGUAUGCGAUGGACAUUUUAAUUGUCACGCUGUUCGUGCAGACUGGAGUCAUGUUCUCAACCUACUUUUGGCUCGUGUAUCUCGUUCUUCCGGGCUACUUGCUUUUCCAUGGAAGCCGCAUGUUACUUAACUACGUCUUCACGUCAAGUCCAUCCACAGAUGAGGAUGAAAACGACCCGGCCGCUCUGAAGAAGAAGGAAAAGGCAAAGCGCAAAGCUGUGCAGCCGAAAUACAAGAACAGCCGUCGAUAA